AUGGCACACGAGCUCAGCGAUUCCAGCGAAGAGAACGUGGCGGAGAGUGUGGAGCAGAUUAACAACUACAAGUUACGCCGCUUGAUCGCUAGUGGACAGUAUGUUAUUGUCGUUUUUUGGUUUGUAAAGAAAGUUCUUGCAUUUUUUUGUGCAUGUAAAUAAAGUUUUUGAAAAUUUUUAGUUCUGUAAAGAAAGUUUUGUUAAUUUUAUACUUUGUAAAGAAAUUUCGUGCCAUUUUUGUGUUUAGUAAAGAAAGUUCUUGCCAUUUGUCAUUCUACAACAAAAGUUACUGCCAUUUUACGUUUUGUAAAGAAAUUUCUUGCUAUUUUUUCCCGUGUAAAGAAAGCUCUUGCCAUUUCCAGUUCUGUAAAAAAAGUUUUUGCCACUUUGUUGCCAGUGAAGAGGUUUAAAAAACUUUAAACGACCCUUUAAGGCUCCUAAUCGACUUCUGCCUUAAAUUGCUGGCCUGACGUCUUUCUAAUUUUAUGCUUGAUUAGAAAAUAAUGGCGCGCUUUAAAAAUUAUAUUAUUGUAGUUUAAAGUAACCCGAAUGAUAACUAAACGUUUCGCCUUUUCCUAUUUUGUUUUGAUCAAGUUACGACAAGUUGAAAAGGUCCAAAAUCAAAAAAAGUUCGAUUUCGCUUCAAAACAGCUUUUUUUCGAUUUUUUUAAAUUUUGAAAUUAAAAAAAAGUAAAAUGAGCAGAGUUAAAAAUAGCCUAAAUCCUAAGAAUUACAUAUUUUUAAAUUUCAGAUACACAUCCGUAUUUCAAGCCACAAAACUAGAUGAAGCCAGACGAACAUAUGCUAUUAAGAUUGUGCGCGAGUCUCACAGUGUCAUCAGUAAAGUGGUAAGUUCAUCUAAUAUAACAUACUUCAAUAUAACUUUGCUUCCGGACACUGCUUUACUCUACAAUACCCUACUCGAUCUUACUCUGCCCUACCCAUACCUUACUUUACUCUAACUUACCCAGACCCUACUCUACCUUUACCCAUAACCAUACCAUACCUACUACAAUAUCAUACGAUUUAUCACUCCAACCCCACUAAAAUAUCAUUCUAGUUCCAAUGCCGAGAGCUAAAAUUCCUCCGCAAAGCCAGCUGCCCGAACAUCAUAUCACCAUCGUCGUAUCACCACAAAUCCCUGGACGAUUUCAUUUACCACGUCUACAUAAUGGACUUUUACCACGCCCUAAACACAAUGAUAGAUGGGUUGAGAAGAGACCAGGCCAAUUCGAAUGCAACGUUCUUGAUCACGGAACGGUGUGCACAACAAAUCAUGAGACAAGUCAAUAAUGCUCUGGUAUACCUACAUGAACAUGAGCUGUUACACACGAGGCUGAGGUCGGACUAUCUGUUGUUGGAUGGACAAGGCAUUAUCAAGCUGACUGGACUGGGACGAAUGAGUCGGAUCAAGCUACAUGAACGGCAUGUGGAUACGGUGGAGAACGUGCUGACCGGUGGGAUAUACGAUGUUAAGGAUGAGACAUUGUAAGUUGAUGUUAUCAUUGAUAUAAGGUAUGAAGAGACGAAUACCUUUUAGAAAAUGUCAGUAGAAAAUCUUUUUAGCUUUUCAAAAAAGUCUUGGCGUCAAUUUGCAUAGAAUCCAGUAAUAAAAAACGACAAGACUUUCGCUUCCAGGCCAAAAAAGUUCCUUUAAGGCCGGCCUUGUCCCCGCUUUGAAGCCAUAAUCACUGAGUACCUUAAUAUUAUCACUGGAUACCCUAACAUAAUCACUGACAAUCAAUUAUAGCACUAAAUCUUAACCUUUCAGCUAUCUUGGUAUCUUGUGCGUGGAGCUUUUGAUUGACUUGCCCGUGUUCAAUACAAACGACUUGUUCGAUGAACAAUUGUCAGCUGAUGGCCGGGAGAAGCUUCAACAGACAUACCAGUACAUUCAGGAUGCUGUAAGUUUGAUAAAAGACGAUAUUAACAUCAAAAAUUCAAGGUAUACCUAUGUCAAUAUCAAAAAGUUGAUUUAUAGCUAGUAGAAUCUGGUACAAUAUGCUAUUUUUGAUGUUCUACUGUAAAAGCUACUAUAAUAUGUCAUUUUUCUCAAUAUUAUACUGACCUAACCUAUUAAAAUAGCAAAAUUCAAACUUUAACUACUAGAACCUACUAUAAUAUACAGUUUUUCUCAAUAUUAUACUAGUCCAGUCUAAAAAAUUGUCGAAAAUUUCGAAUCUAACUACUGAAACCUACUACCUGUCUACUACAAUAUAACCUUUUUCUUGAAAUCGCCCUACUAAUACCUACUACAACGCCCUCUUUUCAGGAACAACUGGACUGGACCGUAUUCCAUCCCUCGAUAGACGGCCGAUGCCACAAAUAUUUGCGUAAAAUCUUCACCCCAGCCUGCCAACGCUUCCUAAACUACUGUAUUUUCACGCCGAAAGAGGACCGUUUCACCUGUGCCAAGCUAGCCAAAAGCUCAUGGUUAAGUUGCGAACCCGAUCCUGGCAUCAUUGUUCACGAAUUGCUAACACAAGACGAGACAAAGCUAUCCGAACUGAAGGUGGAAGGCAAGAAUGAAGCUAAUUGGAAUGAACAAGUUGAGGAUAACGACAAGAUGACCACUUUUAUCGACCGUUUUUUACAAUUCAGCUGUUAG